UCCAGUUUGUUCGACGGGUCGGCAGCAGCGACAGCGUCGAUCUAGAAGAGUGGAAUAAACGCCGUUGUCAGCCCCUGUCUCUCUGAGGUUGUCCUGUCCAACCUCAAGUAUGGACAGCUGCACCGGUGGACUUCCGGGUGGUGCCAGCGGUAGGGCGCCCACAGAGGCGCGCCAGGUGCCUCUAGUAGGUGCGCCUUCCUCGCAAAUAGGAACUCUCGUUGGAGGUCCGCUGGCCUCUGAAUAUGGACAACAGCAGCCGCAGCGGCAGAGUCAAGACUUGUUCCUCCGGUACCAGGCCGUGUCCAGGAUACCGCACGGCCUGGGUUCAUCACUAGACUACCGAGUACCUCCCGUCAUUCCAUUGCGCGAUGCGCAAGCAGCACUGCCAAGGCCGGCAACCCUGCCAGACCUGUCUCAACUGUCCAGCGGAGCAGAUGCCAGCGGCGAAGAAGAGCACUUACUUCCAUUCCAGGACCAGCCGUUCAAGUGCCUUUCGGAGCGCAGCCGACCUCGAGCCCGGCUGACCCGGUCCAAGGCAGUGACCGCGAUGCACCUCGACCUGUCACCAUCUCAAGACUGCUGUGUUCGAGAUCUUCCCUCCUGCGGCGGCAACGACCCCGUAGUCUCGUCUCAGGGCUGCUUCGUGCCGAGUCCCUGCUCAUCGUACACCUCGGGCCACUCAGCUUCUGUUCCACACUCGGCCAGCCCCGAGGACCCCUUCGACUGCUUCGCCGACUUCCAGGAGGAAGAGUUCUUCGCCCAAGACGCCAUAGUCGGUGACGUGAAGGACUCGGUGUUUGUCGCUGAGAAACAACCCUUCGGCGAAGACCUGAGCUCGCUGGGCCUCUUCGUUCAGCACGACCAAGUGUUCGACGUCGCCAGUCCAGCCGAGUCCCUAGUCAGGAGCGACAACCUCGAGGCUCAGCGGUUCCCACUUCCAGAGGUCUCCGCCUCCAGGGAAGACGUUGGUAGGACUACCGGGAGCGCGAUCGAGGAAGAGUCUCCCGUGGCUGCGCUCUUCGAAGCCGACGAACAGCUCAGGAUGGCGCCAGACGUCGGGUCAAGCUGCUCGGACCUGUCAGCCAUGACCAGUUCCUCUCCCACACUGUCCACGUUCACCAGCAACCGCAGCUCUGCUAGAUCUUCGUUCACAAGCCGUCGGAGCAAGAGGUCACUGUCCAUAUCUCCCACAUCUACGGACGGCAUGGACCUCAACACCAUCAUCCGCUCGUCGCCCACCUCACUCGUAGCGUAUCUCAAUGGAAAUCGCUGUCCUUCCUCCACCUCGGUGGCGUCAAGCCUGGCGACGGCGACUGCAGCCCUGGGUGCGUACGGCCAUCUUUCGGCUAGACCGACCAGUCCACGUGGAAAUGGUCAGCACCGCAUAAGCACGCCUUACUCGCCAACCCUCCUCAAGAUGGCAGCCAAAGAAGAACCAAACUCUCCCUUCGACAACACUGGUUUUGUUCUACAGGCAAUCGAUGAAGUGGACCCGCUGGCCGAUUUCAGGGACUACGACUUCUUGGAACCCGAAGACAAUCUGGCCGUUGUCAAGCAACAAGAGGCCGACAGGGUGCUACCUGUGGCGGUCGUCGCCGAUGGAGCGAGCGAUGGCGCUGGUCCAGCGUCCAGAGUCGUCGACUACGGCGAGGCCGUCGUCGACUCGACUCAACCCCUUCCCAGCGUGGCGUCCCUUCUCGUGGACCUGCAGAAGCCGCCGCCGCCUUCGUACGACCAGCACAUGGCCAGAAAGCUGGCCUUCCAGAAGAUGUACUCAUCGGACAGCAGUCAGCCUUCUAACUACUCGAGCUUUGAGAGCACCGGAUCGGCGGACGCCGCCGAGCUCGCAGAGGUCGACUCGACCACGGGAGGCGAGCUCUUGCCGCAGCAACAACAGCACCCCCAGCAGCCGCGGUCGUACGACUGCCAGUGGAUCGACUGCCGGGCGCUGUUCGACGACCAGGAGAACCUGGUGCGCCACAUCGAGUCGUGCCACAUAGACCAGAAGGUUCGAGACGAGUACACGUGCUUCUGGCAGAGCUGCCCGCGCCGCCACCGGCCCUUCAAUGCCCGCUACAAGCUACUCAUACACAUGCGCGUCCACUCCGGCGAGAAGCCCAACCGGUGCACGUUCGACGGGUGCACCAAGGCCUUCUCCCGCUUGGAGAACCUCAAGAUACACCUCCGAUCGCACACGGGCGAGCGUCCGUACUCCUGCCAGUACCCAGGUUGUCCCAAGGCGUUCAGCAACUCCUCGGACCGCGCCAAACAUCAGCGAACACACCAGGAUACGAAGCCGUACGCCUGCCUGAUUCCUGGUUGCUGCAAGAGGUACACGGACCCGAGCUCGCUACGCAAACACUACAAAAACCACCUUUCUAAUGAAGACACAGCGAGAAAAAAGAUACGAAGCGAGAACGACCCCAACUCAGCUGGAAGUGGCAACGCCGGCAGCACGGCCGACAGUUGCCUCGACCCCUGCCUGCAGCCGGCGUACGCGCUACGCGAUCGACCUAAACUGGAGCAUGCGGACAGCGGCAUCGGGCGCUCUCCCGGCGCCAGCUCUGUGAACGACUGCUGCUACCGGCCAGGUCCUGGGUCGAGAUUGCUGCACUUGAGCCACAGCGACAACGACAUUCGCUGCCGUUCGUCACCUAACAGCCGUUACGCCCGGAGUCCAGGAAUCUCGGAUGACAAGCUGCAUCCUCAGGGCUACCCGAUCCCUCUCUUCCGGACGAGCUCGUUCACGGAGACCUGCCUGCCCCGUAGCCCUACGACCAGCGUCUUGCUCGAAGUGCCCCGCUCGGACGCUCACUUCGAAGGGCAGCAUUUCUCGCUGGAGGUUCCCGUGCCACCGCAGCAGCGGACGUCAUCGAUGGACCAGCCCGAGGACGACAUCCACGAGCCCCUUGCCCCGCACAACAUGCGCGAGCUGCGAGCACUGGAACACCUCGGAGACUCGCUCAGUUCCCGGGAGGACUCGGCCGACGAGGCACCGCCGCUGCCCCUGGACCAGCAGCCAUUGCCCCCAUUUGACGCCUUCUACUCGUCCUGCCUGCUUUUCGAGGAUCCAUCGCACUUCGGAGGGGUGUCUUGAAGACAGCCAGAGUGCCACGUCGCGCAACGUGCAGAAUCUCCACGGGAAACAUUAUGCCACCCUCCGUCCAAGGAUACCGAAGCUACGCCACUCGACACAGCCGUCGGAAAUUAGCGCGCUCGCUGGAAAGUGCUGACGUCACUGCGGCGACCAUCAUUACCCGAUUACCCCGGUGAAAUGCUCUGGUGGACUAUGCUCUCGUGAAGUGCGCUGGCGGGCAACUCUGGUGCAGCUGGACAGUUCUUGCACUGCACCGGAAGCCGUGCGAAACUCAUUCGCUCGAGAGAUGCACCAGAAUAGUCUUGUGCCAUUGUUAUUGUUCUAGUUGUUUUUUUGUAGGUGCCGCAGGCCGUGUGCAGAGGAGAGAACGCCUCGAUAGCGUCUAUUUUAUAUCAUAACAAAAAGUGUACGUUACCCGGUGAUAGACUGCUUGAGACAACUCCUCUGGAGGCUAGGAGUGAAAGUGAAACGCCCUUCACUGGAGGCGAAUGUUACAAGGUAGAACAUCGUCAAAACCCGCCUCACGAUAACGCGAUAAGUGCCUCGCAUCAAUGACCACCAAGAAAAGUUGGUGAAUACGCUCUUGGGAAUAAAUAUGAUGAUGAUGAACAGCCCAUGACAUCUCAAUGGAAUAU